AUGAGGAGUUUUUUGGUUAAUUUACGAUAUUUUUUGGUGAUUUUAAGUUUACUUAAAUUAAGUAGUUGUAAGACUCAUCGAUUUAGAUUUAAAGCAGAAUGGGUCAAGGCUGAUCCAGAUGGACUUGGUGAGAGACGUAUGAUUGGGUUUAAUGGAGAGUGGCCCAUUCCUGAUAUUCAUGUGGAUAAAGGUGAUCGUGUAGAGCUUUAUUUAACUAAUGGAUUUGGCGAUGGUACAAAGACUUCUUUACAUUUCCAUGGUAUCUUCUUUAAUUCUUCUUAUGGGAAUAUGAAUCAGAUGGAUGGUCCUGAUAUGAUUACCCAAUGUCCCCUUGGCGAUGGUGACACCUACUUUUAUAAUUUUACUGUUCCUGAUCAAGUUGGUACGUAUUGGUACCAUGCUCAUGCUGGGAGUCAAUAUGGUGAUGGGAUGAGAGCAGCAUUUAUUAUUCAUGAUCCUGAUGAACCUUUUGAAUAUGAUGAAGAUUGGGUUAUUGGACUGGCAGAUUUGUAUACUGAGCCUUCUUAUAAAAUUUCAAAGGGUUUCUUGUCAAGAUAUAAUCCAACUGGUGCAGAACCAAUACCAAGAAAUAUUUUAUUCAACAAUACUGUGAAUGCCACAUUACAUUUCGAACCUGGGAAGACAUAUCUGAUGAGAUUUAUUAACCAGGGAUUGUUUGUUUCACAAUACAUUUCCCUGGAAGACCAUUCUAUGACUGUAGUUGAAGUUGACGGUGUCUAUGUAAAACCUGAAGAGACAACUCUAUUAACGAUAGCUUCUGGUCAAAGAAUGUCGGUUAUUGUCCAUGCUAAGGACGGUGAUCCAAAGAGAAAUUAUGCGCUGAUGCAAAUAUCUGAUGCCUCAAUGCUGGAUGUAAUACCUCCUGAUUUACAAUUGAAUAGAACUAUUCAAAUAUCGUAUGAUUCGAAAUACCCAGCUGCGAAAGAAUUUUUCAUUGAAUCAUAUUCAAAUGCAGUCAAUGAUUUUUACUUGCAACCAUUGCAAGAAGAGGGUAUAAUGGAAGACUACGAUUUGCAGGUCAAAUUAGAUCUUAGAAUGAAAACCCUUGGAGAUGGGGUUAAAUAUGCAUUUUUCAAUAAUGUUACAUAUACAGCACCAAAGAUACCCACAUUAACGACCCUUUUGACAUCAGGAAGACUUGCUACUGACCCCCGCAUAUACGGUGACAAUAUUAAUUCUGUGAUAUUGAAAGGUGGUGAAAUUGUGGAAGUUGUAAUUAACAACUAUGAUCCUGGAAGACACCCAUUCCACCUACAUGGUCACAAUUUCCAAAUAGUUCAAAAAUCGCCAGCCUUUCACGAAAAUGAGACAUUCACAGAUGCUGAACAGGAUCGUAUCACGGUUCCCUACAAUGAAGACUCGCCAAUAAUGCCAUUUCCAGUUCAUCCAAUGCUAAGAGACACUGUUGUCCUUGAACCUAAUGGUCACGUUGUCAUCAGAUUUAGAGCAGACAACCCAGGUGUUUGGUUUUUCCAUUGUCACAUCAACUGGCAUGUUGAGCAAGGUUUGGCAGCAGUAUUCAUCGAAGACCCAUUGACUUUGCAAGCUAGAGAAACAUUGACCGACAACUAUAAAGACACAUGUUCCAACGUUGGGAUGGUGACAACAGGAAACGCAGCUGGUAAUUCAGAGGACUGGUUGGACUUAACAGGCUUGCCAAGACAACCAAAACCAUUACCUGAAGGUUUUACUAUCAAGGGAUACAUAGCAUUUGCAAUCUCUACCUUGAUCGGUAUUGGGGGACUAUACUCAAUUACCAAAUAUGGCUUACAAGAAUCGAUACCUAAUGACGCGGAAGUCUAUGAUAACCUGAAGAAGUUACUAGCCAAGAAUAAUAUUGAGACCUAA